GACACAACGAAAUUUAAAUAUACCAGAAAUGUCAUUUGUGUACCACUGCUUUUAAAAUAUUUGACAUCUGCUGUUUUAAAUGCGUUGUAAAGCCUUUUGCCUGCGCUUAACUCAAAACAGGUAGCUAGCCAGCGAGAGAACUCCAGUGCGCAUGUGCGCGCAUGGUCCAACCCUGUCUGCAUUACAUAAAAGCGGCAGUCUUAACUUUAGGUGUUCGUAUACGGGCGUACUUGUGUGUCCACUGGCAAGAUAUUUCACCCGAGUAACAGCGUCUCUCCAACAAGGUUAUGGCUUCAGUUGAUAUUCAAGAUAUGUAUUCUGAGAAGCCCCAGGGAUUAAUCUCCAAUCCGGUAAAAUUUAACAGUCAGGAUUUUCAUGAACUGCGUGAAUUUUGUUUACAUAACAACUUUCGAUUUGAAGAUGGUCUUUUCCCACCAUCUGAGGAAUCUAUAGGUGAAGGAUUGUUAAAGUCAUGUGAUCUCAAAAGAGUUGAGUGGAUUAGGCCACGGAAACUACACCGUGAUCCACAUAUUAUUGUUGAUGGGGCUAGCAGAUUUGACAUUUUUCAGGGAAUAGUGGGUAACUGCUGGUUCCUGGCAGCACUGGGCUCAUUGACACGUCAGAAGGACAUAUUCAGUCAGGUGCUACCCACUGAUCAAGGUUACAAUUAUAAGUAUGCAGGGAUCUUUCAUUUCAGGUUUUGGCAGUUUGGGAAGUGGGUAGAUGUGGUCAUAGAUGAUAAACUCCCUAUACUUGAUAACAACUACUUGUCUGUUGCUCCUGCAAAUGGAAAUGAAUUUUGGCCAGCUUUACUAGAAAAAGCAUAUGCAAAACUAUGUGGAUCCUAUGCUGACAUGGAUUCUGGUUGUGUUUCUGAAGCACUGAUGGAUUUUACUGGUGGCAUACACUUUAAUUUUACUCUGUGUGAUCCACCACCUGAUAUGUGGAAUAUAUUUAGAAGAGCUUACAAAAAAAAUUCAUUAAUGGCGUGUGGAACUCCCCGAACUCCUGCUGGGAAGAACAAAGUACUUCCCAAUGGUUUGGUACUUGGGCAUGCCUAUGCAGUAACUGGUUGUGUUGAGGUUCUCUAUGGUGACAGAGUUGUAAGGUUAAUUAGGCUGUGGAACCCCUGGGGAAAGAAUGAAUGGAACGGCCCUUGGAGUGAUGUAUCUGAGGAAUGGAAUUUUAUUAAUCAAGAGCAAAGAAAUAUUUUAUGCAAGAACUUUGAGGAUGGAGAAUUUUGGAUGAGUUUUGAAGACUUCAAGGGACAGUUUACACAUAUAGAUAUUUGCAACUUAUACCCUGAUUUUCUGGAUUCUGACAGCAAUAGCAGAUGGGCAUUAACACUUUCAGAAGGCGAAUGGAUUAAAGGAGAAUCAGCUGGUGGCUCCAUUGAAGAAGACACAUUUUGGAGGAAUCCUCACAGACUCAUUAAUCUGACAUCAGAAACGCUUGAUACACAUUCUUCAACAUCUUAUAACUUUGUAGUAUAUCUUAUGCAAAAACCAUCCAGUAAGCACAGAUGCCAAAACUCUCACGUGCCCAUAGGUGUAUCUAUUUACAAGGUUGGAAUUUUAAAAUUUGUGCAUUUAUUGUUGCUUUAUUUGUCUGUCUGUAUAAAGUCUUAACUGGUUGUGUUGAAAUU